AUGGAAAUAGAGGCCGCAUCAUCAACUGUUCUUGCGAAAGAUAAUUAUGAGGAUUGGAGUGUUGGGAUAAAAUCCUAUCUCAUGGCUCAAAAUCUUUGGAACAUUAUUGAAUCCACCAUUGAACCUCCUAAGCAAGAAGAUGAUGAAGCUGCUUUUAAGGACUGGAGCAACAAGAAUUUAAUGGCUUUACAGAUGAUUCAGAAUUCCUGCGGACCGGACACAGUUUCUGAGAUUAAAGAGAUUAAUUCUGCGAAAAUUGCUUGGAAUACUUUGGCUGAAAAGUAUAACGUGACCAAAAAUACUAAUACAGGGAAUGUUGAUUAUAUAGCCUUAAUCAAGGCUGUGCAAAGUGGAGAUUGGAAGAGUGCGAAGGAGUUCCUCAAACUCCACCCCAAUGCAUGGAGUGAAAAGAUCACAUUUAUGGGGAAGACAGCCCUUCACAUUGCAGUCGCUGCAGGGCAUGUGCAUAUAGUGGAGGAGAUGGUGGAGCGAAUGUCGGAAGAAAACUUGAAAAUACAAGACAACAGUGGACACACGGCUCUGGUCGAGGCAAUAAGUGUAGGAAACCAACGUAUGGCAGAGUGUAUGCUCAGAAAGAACAAGCAUUUGGUCAGCAUUAGGGACUUCAGAGGACGCAUUCCAGUUGUUACGGCCGUUGAAUUCGGGUAUAAAGAUUUUGCUCGAUAUCUCUACUCUCUCACGCCGCUGGAGGAUCUAAUGCCUGAGAAAGGCAUCAGCGGAGCUACGCUUUGCACGCAGGCUAUAUAUACUCGGAUGUUAGUAUUAGCCGUCUUGGGUCUUACUAAUGCACUCAUGGGACUGGGUCAUGCUAUGACUCAGUCGGACAUGAGGGAGUGCUUGCGGUUCCCACCGUUUAAGCCCCUCAUGUUCGGCUCCCAACAGGUAAGUGAUCCGACAAUAUGA